UGCACCUUUCCCAAUCAUGCCCAAAAUCAAACAAAGAAAAGUUGAUCAAAGUGGCAAUGGAGAGAAUUAGUGUUUUUGUUACCCUUUUGAUAGUGUUGAUUGUAGUAGGAAAACAAGUGCAUAAUGUUAGUGCAGAUAACCCUUAUGCUUGUUGGGGUGGCUGUUACAAUCAAUGUAUUAUUUUGAGCUUUCAAGCUGGUGUAACACCAAACAGCAAUAAUCCUUGUUAUGUGCAGUGUUUAAGCAAGUGCAUUCCUCGUUCUGCUGCUGAAUACCAAAACUACUGCAAGAUUGGUUGUUCUUUAGAGCUCUGUGUUCCCACUCGCUCUGAUGCGGGUGCAGAUCUGGAUAAAUGCUUUGGCAAUUGCGGAAACGUUUGUAGGGCUUAGAAAUAUGUAUUUACCACAAUGUGUGCUAUUGGAUGUGGUCUCACUUUUUUUUUUCCCAAUCUUUUACCAAAUAAAUAAAUGGUUCUUUGUAGUUGGCAAUUCAGGUGAAAGUGAAGAGUUUGAUUAGUGCUGUAUUUGUUUACUCCCUUUCUGUCAUUUUCCUCUUUUUCUAAUGUUUCCUUCAAUUAUCUCCGAUCAGUUACUAAUUGGAAAACUUCAAGUUAUCUAC